AUGCAAGCAAAGAGAGCGGUGAAAUGCACCCUUUUACCCGCACCUCACUGCCUUACCCUUCCCCACUCUGCCUACGCACAUCUCUGCAUGCUCCCCUCUCCGCCUUCCCCCCUCUACCUUCCCCUCUCUGCCUUCCCUCUCUGCCUCCCCUCUAUGCCUUCCCCUCUCUGCCUUCCCCUCUCUGCCUUCCCCUCUCUACCUUCCCCUCUCUGCCUUCCCUCUCUCUGCCUUCCCCUCUCUGCCUUCCUCUCUCUGCCUUCCCCUCUCUGCCUUCCCUCUCUGCCUUCCCUCUCUGCCUUCCCCUCUCUGCCUUCCCCUCUCUGCCUUCCCUCUCUGCCUUCCCUCUCUGCCUUCCCUCUCUGCCUUUCCUCUCUGCCUUCCCUCUCUGCCUUCCCCUCUCUGCCUUCCCUCUCUGCCUUCCCUCUCUGCCUUCCCUCUCUGCCUUCCCGUCUCUGCCUUCCCGUCUCUGCCUUCCCGUCUCUGCCUUUCUCUCUGCUUUCUCUCACCUCCCACUACGCUGCAGCAUCACCUUGCACUUCGACUCCCAGCCUGCCACUUUUCCCGUCUCUGCUCUCCCAUCCUGCAGGACUGCCAGCCUGCCACUCUUUCCCCGUCUCCCUGCCUCCCAUCCCAGGAAUGUCCCCAGCCUCUCUCUCCCCCAAAAGAGCACACACAGCUCUCGUUCCCCAUGCUGCUAGUUAA